AUGGGCGGGGGAAGGGGGAAAGGGAGGGCUGAGGGUGACGGGGAAGGGCAGUGGGCAGGGGGCGGGGAAAGGGAGGCAGAGGGAUGGCGGGGGUGGGCAGUGGGCGGGGAAGAGGAAAGGGAGGCAGAGAAGUGGUGGGGGAAAGGGGGGGGGGCGGGGGGCGGGGGAAGAGGGAGGGCUGAGGGUGACGGGGAAGGCAGUGGCAGCGGGCGGGGAAAGGGAGGGCAGAGGGGUGGCGGGGGUGGGCAGUGGGCAGGGGAAGAGGGAAAGAGAGGGCAGAGGGGUGACGAGGAAGGGCAGUGGGCAGGGGGUGGGGAAGAGGGAGGGCUGAGGGGUGAUGGGGAAGGGCAGUGGGCGGGGGGCGGGGGAAGGGGGAAAGGGAGUUGCUGCUGA